UCCCUUGUUCGCCGUUAAGAGUCUGGUUUCCUCAACGCUGCUCUCUCCCCCUCUCUCCAAGCGGAUCAUUACUGCCCCCUCCUCGAGUGGCCGGAAGCGGGAUGUGAUGUAGAAAUCACAUUGAAACUUUUUUUUUUUCCCUUCUUGUGUGUGCAAGACCUUCCGAUGCACUGAAAGACAGUGAGAAACAUCAACUUUUUGAUAAUGAUUUGGGAAUCUUAAUUAAUCUUUGCUUCUGGAUGCGAUCGCAGCGGAGGUAGAGAAUUAGCGCAACGCCGGCAGGAUCACACAACAGAGAUGUAGUCUCUGUCCACAGCUCAGUGCUCAGUGCCCACCCCACCAUGCUGCUCUUUGUGCUGCUGGUCCUGCAAGGCUCAGCACAUGCUCAGAUAGACCCAGCACAUUGCCGCUACCCUCUUGGCAUGGAGGAUGGCAGGAUCACGGACGAUGACAUCACUGCUUCUAGCCAAUGGUACGAGACCACAGGGCCACAGUACGCCAGGCUGAAUCGGGAGGAGGGGGACGGCGCCUGGUGUCCGGCAGGCCUCCUGCAGCCCUCAGACGUGCAGUUUCUGCAGCUGGACCUGCGGCAGCUCACCUUCAUCACCGUGGUGGGCACCCAGGGCCGCCACGCCCACGGCACGGGCAACGAGUUCGCCCGCAUGUACCGCCUCGACUACAGCCGCGACAACGAGUCCUGGAGGUCCUGGAAGAAUCGCCUCGGCAACAAGAUCAUGGAGGCGAACGAUAAUGCCUACGCCUCGGUGAUCAAAGACCUGCACCCCCCCAUCGUCGCCCGAUACCUGCGCCUCAUCCCCGUCACCCGACUCCCCACCACCGUGUGUAUGAGGAUGGAGCUGUACGGCUGCCCCUGGCACGAUGGUUUGACUGCUUACAGCUCUCCUGAGGGACAGGUGAUGGCAGCUCCUGGCUAUCCAAUCAGCAGCCUCAACGACUCCACUUACGACGGCUACCAUGAGCGCCGGAAACUCUUUGACGGGCUGGGUCAGUUGACGGACGGCGUGAUUGGGCAGGAUGAUUUCCUCCUGACGCGGCAGUACCACGUGUGGCCCGGGUACGACUACGUGGGCUGGCGGAAUGACAGUCUGGGGCCGGGCUUCGUGGAGAUGGAGUUCAUCUUCGACCGGCCCAGGAAUUUCACAGCCAUGAAGGUGCACUGUAAUAACAUGUUCUCUCGGGGGGUGAAGAUCUUCUCGGCGGUGUCCUGCGUGUUUAAGCCCCGGCUGGUGGGGGACUGGGAGGCCCAGCCGGUGGAGUUCCGCACCGUGCUGGACGACCGCAACCCCAGCGCUCGCUACGUGACCGUCCCGCUGGGCCGCCGUGCCGCCAAGGCGCUACGCUGCCGCUUCCUGUUCGCCGACGCGUGGAUGCUGUUCAGCGAGAUCUCCUUCCUGUCCGCAGAUGCAGUGAUCCCUACUCAGGCCCCACCCCUGAUGACCACUUCCUGUCCCAGGGUGGAGACGGCCACGCCCACACCCACUCACACAAUAGAGACCACCCCUGCAAACAAAGAGAAUGCUGAAGAGGGAAACACCUCUAUUCUGAUUGGCUGCCUGGUGACGAUCAUCCUGCUGUUGGUGGUGAUCAUCUUCCUGAUCCUGUGGUGCCAGUAUGUGUGUAAAGUCCUGGAGAAGGCCCCCCGCCGCAUCCUGGAGGAGGAGGUGACUGUGCGUCUGUCCUCCAGCAGCGACACCAUCAUCCUGCAGACCCCCCCAGUGCCCCCCCGGGCGUCCCUGCUGGACUCCCCCUACGAGAGGGUCUUUCUGCUCGACCCCCAAUACCAGGAUCCCGCAGCUCUGGGACACAAACUGCCUGAGCUGUCCCAGAGCGCCGAGGCCUCAGGCUGUGGGGGGGGCUACGCGGAGCCUGACGUUACCCAGUGUACCCCUCACCAGGGUUUCCAGAGCAGCGUGCCGCACUACGCCGAGACCGACAUCGUGAACCUGCAGGGCGUAACCGGGAGCAACAUGUACGCGGUGCCAGCCCUCACCGUCGACUCGCUCACGCGCAAGGACAUCUCCGCCGCCGAGUUCCCCCGCCACCGCCUGCUCUUCCGCGAGAAGCUGGGCGAGGGCCAGUUUGGGGAGGUCCACCUGUGUGAGGCGGAGGGUCUGGCAGACUUUCUGGGGGAAGGCACACCCUUACCUGAGCAAGAUGGAAAGCCGGUGCUAGUCGCAGUCAAACAGCUGAGGGCAGAUGCCACCAACAACGCCAGGAACGACUUUCUGAAGGAGAUUAAGAUCAUGUCUCGGCUGAACGACCCCAACAUCAUCCAGCUGCUGUGCGUGUGCGUGAGCUCUGACCCGCUGUGCAUGGUCACGGAGUACAUGGAGAACGGCGACCUCAACAUGUUCCUGUCGCAGCGCGAGAUCGAGAGCACGCUCACACACGCCAACAACAUCCCCUCCGUCAGCCUGUGGGACCUCUUGCACAUGUCUGUGCAGAUCUCCUCAGGUAUGCGUUACCUGGCGUCGCUGAACUUUGUGCACCGUGACCUGGCCACGCGGAACUGCCUGCUGGACCGCCGGCUCACCAUCAAGAUCGCCGACUUCGGCAUGAGCCGCAACCUGUACAGCAGCGACUACUACCGUAUCCAGGGCCGGGCUGUGCUGCCCAUACGCUGGAUGGCCUGGGAGAGCAUCCUACUGGGAAAGUUCACCACAGCCAGUGACGUGUGGGCGUUUGGUGUGACGCUGUGGGAGAUCUUCACUCUGUGCAAGGAGCAGCCCUACAGCCUGCUGUCCGAUGAGCAGGUCAUCGAGAACACUGGCGAGUUCUUCAGGAACCAGGGCCGACAGAUCUUCCUGUCGGCCCCGCCCCUCUGCCCCCCCUCGCUGUUCGACCUGAUGAUGUGCUGCUGGAGCCGGGAUGGCAGAGACCGGCCCACCUUUGAGCGUCUGCACCAGGCCCUGCAACCACACACUGCUGCCCCCCGAAGGACUGGGGGUCGCAUGGCACCCCUCUACUAACCGCCCCUAACUUUACUCUCUCUCUCUCUCUCUCUCACACGGACACCUCUUUUUAAAAAAAGAAAGAACUCUUAAUGGUGAUGAACUUGCUAGUGAAUAAGAGCAAGAGAGUGAGAAUGAGCAAAAAAAGUUUAGAAGGAAAAGCGGAGAGAUCGAGAGGGUGAGCAGGACUUCCUGAAAAUGGCCAACAUCUGCCUUCAUCAUCGAUUGGCGUGAAAUUAUGAUGGUUAUUAUUGUCAUUUUUUUAUUCAUUGAUUCUCCAGAAAAGAAACUCCCUCUCUUUAAUGAGAUCCUUCACCUAUCUUGUGGUUUUAUUAAAAAGAAAUUCCGAUGGUACCAAUAAAAACCAUCAACACUUUUCAAGCCUGAACGCGCGGUUAGAACGUCAACAGCAACUGGACUCUGUUGCCUUUUGAUCCUGUGGUUUUGUAUUGUAAAGCACUGCUGUUUUUAAAUGUGUGUUUUUUUAUUGUUUAUGUUUAUGUUUAUGUUCAUUAUUAACCCCCCACACUGGAGUUAGCAUUAGAAUUACUGUGUUUUUUUUAUUUUUAUUUAGUAUUUUGUUUUCUUCUGAACAUGAAUGUUAAACAGAUUAGUUUGUAUAAGGCCAGGUUUCAACCUCUGGCUGAAGCAGAACUACUGUCGUAGCGUUUUUUGAGGAGAGGGUUGGGGAGCCAAUAUUGGACUGAUGUGUUAUGGGCCACACUUGUUUAUCUCUCUCAUCAUCCCCCUCUAAUUUCAAUGCAUUGGUUUGAACCAACAUCCCCCCCCCAGCUACACUGUGCAGUAGACCAUGCCAUUUUUCCCAUAUCUACAGUCUGGUCUGCUUCAUGGUUGUGUCCAUUGACUGUGUAAUAUUGGCCAUACGUCUUGCCUAUCUGUGGUACUAGAAACUAACAAAAAUAGGGGAAACAACAAAUAAUCUAACUAAUCGGCACAUGUUUGGGGUUCCUUGAGCUGGGGAUUCUGUAGUUCACCUUUACUGGGACCCCUUUGAAAUAGGGGUCAGGUAUAUUGGGGUUCAGAUAAUUUAGGGGAUUUUUUUGGGAGAGGGGAAUCUCUGUCGUUGGCACAUGCCCACUGAAGGAGAGCAUCUCUGAUGAGAAAUCAAAUGGCAGUUUCUAGUUUGUGUGUCCAACUCCAUUUCCCCCCUUUUUUUAUAUGAAUUUUCUUUUCUCAAAAUUUUUGCCUUUGCUGUUGGCAUUUUAAAAUGUUUUAUGUUUUAUCUUUUUGCAUGCAUCCUCUGGGAUGAACACAUGAUGAGCGCAUUAGCAUUCGCAUUAUCACCACUGAGAUCGCCAUUUAUUGGCCUGUAGAAUACAGCUACACAACAUCUUUGUUACUUUCUGCUUUCUGUCACCGUCGCUGUCACUUUGUCAUUGGCUGACUGUGUUUAAGGUACAUGUUGGAGAGCCAAUCAGGGGCCCGUGGGAGGCGUGGCUUUCUGGGGGCGUAUUAGACAUUCCUGAUACUGGGAUUUUUAAUUGGGUGUUGUUGUUUGGGCUGGGGUACAUUUUAAGCCCCAUUGUGCAAUACAAUCUGCAGGGGGAAGGAAAGGGGGGAGGGGCUGGGAAACCACUAAACUCCAUCUCCCAGAAGCCUUUGCUGAAAUGAGCCUGUGACUUUCCUGUUAUUAUUGGGUUGGUUCCAAAACCCCACCGGCCAGCGAACCGGUUGCACUGGGCGGGUGUGGUUUCCACACUGUUUAAAUCUGGUGCAGGAAACGGUGCCUAUACUUCCUUUCUAAAUGAAACGGUGCCUAUACUUCCCUUAUAAGCGGUUUGCAGCACCUUUGCCAGUACACAUAAAUGGAGCCAACCCUCUGAACAGGGAGGGUGUGUGUCUCAGCCUUUUUGGGAGGAGGGGAAGGAAGCGGUGUGUGUAUGUGAGUGCAAGUUUGUGUGUGUAUGUGUGUGUGUGAGUGGGUUUAGGUAUUUGUGCAUGUGUAUGCAAAUGUGUGUGCAUGUGUGCGGGUGGGUGGGUGAGUUUUGGUGUGAAUGCAUACGUGUGUGUGUGUAUGUAUGUAUGUAUGUGGGUGGGUGAGUUUUGGUGUGCAUGCGUGUGCGCAUGUGUGCGUGUGCGUGUGUGCACCUGCCUGCUAACUGACUGGGUGAUCAUCAUGGGGAUGGAAUGGAAAUACCAACAAAUCUUGAUAUAGCGACAUUUCUUGUUUUCUGUUUUUCCUGUUGUUAUUUUAAUCCGGAAUCUCUCUUUGGACUUGUGUGGCCAUCAUGUACAUAGUAUAGUCAGAAUAGAGUUGUACAGUAAUAUAUUGGGUGUUUAGGAGAACAUUCUUCCACCAUGCAUUUUAUUACAUUUUCUCCUUUCAUGAAAUCAAUCAUUAAACAUAAAAAGAUCUCCACUUUA